AUGAAUAUUGAUAUUGAUCAGUUAGAUAUCCCAGAAGAAGAAUAUGCGCUUGAUGAUGGUAAUGUUGAUAAGAUAUCAUUACAGCAGAUUGAAUCACUUUUGUCCAACUUGUUUAUUGUGGGUGAGGUGGGUGGGGAUGGCGAUGGCGAUGGGGAGAGUUACAGGAUCAAUGAUACCAAUUUCUCACUACUAAUGAAUUUUCUACCAAAGGUGUUUGUGAAAGCACUACGGUUGAUUGAAUUUGAUUUGAUGAAUGUUGUGAUCUACAAUAAGGAUUUACCAGAAGCCAGCGGUGAUGAUGAUGGUGAUGAUCUAGCGGGGUUUGGAUGGAUCAAUGAUGAAGGGACAUAUGUGGCGAUGCCCAAUUUCAUGGAUCGGAUUGAGAAACUAGAGCAGCGAUUGGAUAUUCUUAGAUUAAAGUAUCCGUCGUUCGAGGAGAUUAUGGAACAGCAGUUCGUGGUGAUAUUCAAGGAUGUAAGGUAUCAAUCGCAGGAUAAUGAUUCGGACGAUGAGUUUAUCCGUGAUUACAACACCCAAAAGACGAUUUACCAUAGAAAAGAAGAGAUGGUGGAGUUCCAGGGCUCGGGGUUGAAUAAAUGGAAUUUAGAAAUCGAGAAGCGGUUGGGGAUGGCGGUGAAUUGUAUCAGUGAUGAGGAUGAGUAUCAAGGAGUUUAUAAAGGAGAAGAAGCCUUCACCACCACCGAUAGUGCAGCACCAACCAUCACCAUCACCAUCGGCGGCAGUGGUGUGCGAGCACCUUGUGGCGUGUGCGGUGGUGCUGCUGCUGCUGCUGCUGCUGCUGCUGCUGUUGCUGCGGAGUGGCUGGUGGGGGGUCCUGCUGCAAGUGCGGGUGACCGAGGUGGGCAUCAGGGGGUGGUUUGGUGUGCGGAUGCUGGCUGCUGGCUGCUGACUGACUGA